AUGGCCCAGUGUCCCCAGGUCGGUUGCGCAGAAGGCUUAGAGCUGAGGUUUGGAGCCUCCGCACGUCGGAGACAGAAUGUGAUGGGGUCAUUCCUCAGCUCCAGUGCACAGCGCAGUCGGCCUCCUCAAACUGCCCAAGGGCAGGAGCUUGGGGCCCUGCAGCCCUCAGGCCUGAAGCGCCCUCCCCAAGGGCCAUUAGAUGGCCGCGGCCGUUGGGAAAUAAUGAAGGCAUUGUUGGCGCACCGGCCAGAUGUCGACUGCGCGGGGCCGCGGCCUCCAACCGGUGCCCGAUCCCUUCCCAGCAGGGACAGGCCACAUGCCCUCAUGCGGGCCUCCAAAGCCACUGAAGGAAGAUCCGGCUUCUUCCCUGAACCCCUUCUCCGGGACCCUGAGCGUCCCCAUCCCAUAAGCGCACAAGCCAGGCCGCGACCAGCGUCGGUGCCGUGCCGGAAGCUGGAGGGCACAGGCGAGUGGACGGCGAGCGAGCAGCCCCAGUCGGUUCCUCCCUGCCUGUCCCCACCUUCGGACCUGGCUCCCCGGCGGCGUCUGGGCACUCCGGGCUUCGCUCAAAGGCCUGCAAAGCCCUCAGCCGUCCCAGAGGGGCGUCUCGGAGACCCCCCGGCCCCGCCCAGGCCCCGCCCCGCGCGCCCCGCCCCCAGCACUCCCAGCGGUUCGGGCCCCGGAGCGACGGCCCGGCAGCGCCCAGGCAGCGCCGGUAGUCGUUCGAACGCCACCCGGGCCACUAGGGCCCCGGGAAAGUGA